GUUUCCUGUCAGAAAUUCUGGCAGUUGUCAAGGAAAAUAAAGUGAAAAUACGGAAACUCAGAUUAAUUUAAAGGAUGAGACUUAUUUUUAGCAGACAUUUUGAUAUUAUGGACUAUUUGUGCAAUGAUAAAUAGCGAUUCAAAUACUGGAAAGUGGAUGAAUAAAUUGGCGACCAAGAGUGUCAGUUGUGAACUGCAAACAAUUUCGGAUAAGAAUUAAACGAGGCAUGGGAGUGUAUUAUAUGUGCUUGGUUGGUUAUAUUAUCUUGAUCAACAUAUAUGUGUACAAUUUUGUGUUUCGUUGCAUGCAGCCUAAAAGGAAAUUAAAAGCAGUUUUACCACAAUUCAAAUGAUAAGAUAACUCACUAAAGAAAAUAAAUCAGAAUUCAAAAAACAAAGACGAAGCAUUCUCCGUCUCAAGGUCUAUGUUGGAGAGACAGUAUAUAUCAAAUAGCCGAUUGAAUGGAUCGGUACCAGUUUACAAGAGGCCGGAAAGAGUUGCAGACAUUUGCAGGACACUUGAAGUUGGUGCAGUAAACAACCAAACACCAUCGGUAUUGAGUGUGUAUCACUUCUAUGAUAUAUCGAACAUCUGUUCCUGUCAUGUCCCGAAAGCAGCCAGUUCGUCCAUUGGAAGAGCUCUCUUGAUUUCGGAAUACCCGGAAAAGGCCGUCAUUUUUAGAAACCUACCUCGCCACCAGUUACACGGGCUAAGAGAAGUUCAAAACGUAACAAGUAAUCAAUGCUUAAAAAACGCUGAGACGUCAUUCUUAGUGACAAGAGACCCUUAUAGACGUCUAUUUUCCGCUUAUAUUGAUAAGAUAUAUCUAGAAAAGUUUCAUAAGAUGUCAGUGGUUUUAGAUGCACUAUAUAAUAAAGGAGUAUCAAGAAAGAAGCUUAAAGAUAUGAUAGAAAACAAAGACGAGCGUUUGAAGACGUGGUAUUGUUCAGUAACUGACGUUUCUUUUGAACAAUUUCUGAAAUACGUAACAACAUCACAGAGUCUUGACCCGCAUUUUGCCCCAGUGUCACUUUUAUGUGAUCCCUGCUCCAAACAUUACGAUGUUAUACUUAAACAAGAAACUCUCAGAGAUGACAUGCAACAUUUGUUUGAAAAGAUAUACAAGAAGAAUUAUUUCGCUGAAGAAAUUCCAAAUAUAGCUAAUUACACUGGGGAGACGGGAAUUGAAAGCCAAAUAUUAACAUACUACACGCACCGGCGAGCGUGGUUUUCAAAGCAUAACUGUAAAAUUGAUAGAAAAACAUACAAUGCAAUCAAUCAGCGUCUUUGGAAUGGUUUAAAACUUCUUGGUAGCAUCGACGACAAUUUGGAAUUCAUAGAUGAAUUAUUCAGAGGCCCAGAUGGUGAUAAGCUUAGAAUUAGAAACCCAGAAACCGUUCUGUACGAAUUCAAACUGAAUAAAGUCCCCUAUCUGAAUUCAGAUAGUCGGGAAAAGCAAAGACGUAAACAUUUAAUCCUGGCUUACCAAAAUAUUGACAUAUCAAUGAUUUGGAGAAUUCAACGAUUGUUUCACUUAGACUUCACGUUGUUUGGCUAUGAUCCUUUGCCAGCGACAUUGUAUUAACAUAUGUAACGAAUGAAUUUCAAAAACGUAAAUCCUUUACUUCCAAAACGUAAUUCUUUGACCUUGGCGUACCAAAAUAAUGUAAAACGUGACUCAGUUAAUAACAUACUCUUUUCAGUUAAACUUCGUACUUAUUUGACUAUACUCAUAUUUUUCCGAUGAAAUACAAGUAGUGUAACAUAUAACUUCAAUGAUAAUAUUUACCUAUGAUUGGAGUCUUAAAUUGAUCCGAAUGAGAAAUUUAGAUUUCAAAACUGUUAAGACUAAUGCAAGCUCUUGUGUUGCCUCGCCUAGGGCUUUUAAGGUUUAUCAGUCAGGGAUGUGUUUAUUUGUGGUCAAAACAGUUAAAGUUCCGCUUUUGUAAUAUAGUAAUCAUAGUCUUUGCUCGUAGAGAACAGUAAACUUUCUUUCAAAAAAAAGAAAAAGAAAAAAAAAACGAAACAUUUUCAGUGAAUAUUGCUAUGAUUUUAUAGAUAUCUUUAUAUCAAUGUGG